ACCCUUCCAUUAGAAUGUUUUAGAGUGAUAGUGGAAUAGUAACAAAAACUUACACUGUGAUGGUGCCAAGAUAGCCACAGAAAAAUUCAGACACAUAAAGGGCAAGUGUUCAGAACUCAAAAAAAAGGUUAAUAAACACUCUCUGCUUAACCUUCAGAGAGAAAAUUGUAGCCUUAAAUUAGAGCGAGACAGAGAAGUGGGCGUGGCGGCGUUUGCAGUUCUUUUUUCAUUAAUGCAUCUUUGUUGUCUAGAUAGAAACAGUAGCGAUUUCAAUGCGUGGUUAACACUGUUCCCUCAACCAACGAACAAACCUUCAAUUCUGCCCUAGUAGUUAAUGUAAGAGAUGAAGAACAAAUUUCAAGACACAAAUAUUUAAACCUCUGUUUGAGGUGGAUUAAUUAGGGUUAAAUUUGAUUGGUCGUUCUUGUUUUCUCUACUCAAUAAGAACCUCACCGAUUGAGUUUUUUUGAUAUGGAUUUUCGUUUAGGUUUAGGAGUACUAGAAUGGCUGGUAUAUUUUCAUUAGGAAGUGGAGGGAGGUGUGAGGAAGAAGAUAACCAAGAAAAUAACACUAUCAAUAUCAACCCACCACCACCAGGACCUGAAUUCUGGUACAAUAACCCCAACAAAACCGAUGAUUCUGUGGCCGGAUACCGUGGUUUUGAGAUUUGGAACCAGCAGCAGCAACACCAACACCAGUUUUUGCCUCUACAGCAAGAUCUUUACACUGGUGUUGCCUUAGGAGUGGGGCCAAGUAGGGUUUUAUCUUCUGAUGACAAUAGAUCUGCGUUUGUGGUGGCUUCUGGAGGUGUUGGAGGGAUAAGCUGUCAAGAUUGUGGGAAUCAGGCCAAGAAAGACUGUCCUCAUGCUAGGUGCAGGACUUGCUGUAAGAGUCGAGGCUUUGAUUGUCAAACUCAUGUGAAGAGCACUUGGGUUCCUGCUGCAAGGAGAAGAGAGAGACAACAACAACAACAACUUGCUGCUCCCAAACCACCACAUCAAUACGGAGAUAUUGCUCCCGAAACCAGGCAGAGAGAUCUUAACAACAACCAAAUCCCUAAUUCUGCUUUGGCUUGUGCUCGUUUACCUCCAAACCCUUCAGGGUUAGUAGAGGAGGUGAGUUUUCCGGCUGUGGUGAACUCUCCGGCGGAGUUCAGGUGCGUGCGCGUUACUUCUGUUGAUGAUUCUGAGGAGGAGAUUGCAUAUUCCACUGCUGUCAACAUUGGAGGACAUGUUUUCAGAGGAAUUUUGUAUAAUUAUGGUCCAGACAUGAAUAACAACUAUAUCUCUGCCGGAAACACCCCUCCUAGCGGCGGCGAAGCGGCGGCUCUUCCGUUGAAUCUGAUCUCACCUGUCCCUGGGGAACUUGUUGAUCCUGCUUCCAUGUAUCCAGCUCCACUCAACACUUUCAUGCCUCCUAGUGGUACGCAAUUCUUCCCCAACCCAAGAUCUUGAUCAAUCUAUUCAUCAAAGGACAAAAGAUAUUAUUAGCAAAAAUAAAAGCGUAUUUUCAUUUCCUUGUAUUUUAUGAUUUAUUUUAAUUACUGUACUCUUUUGUUAUAAUAAUGGUUAUCAUCCUCCUGAAUACUAUUAUAAUUUCAUAAAGCAUUUCACUUUAUCUCAUAA